AUGUGUACGACAGCUGUUCUCGUAUCAACACCCUGGUCCUUCACACUCGCAAGAAUAGUUGAGCGAUUGUUUCCAGGUAAACAAGGUAUUCAGAUUGCAAAGAAGAUGUUGACCAAUACAUUACUUGCACCUCUUAAUAUAAGUAUCGUCUUCACAUGUGUUAUCCUUCUGCAGGGUCACACUCUUCGUACAGCUAGAAGAAAAAUUAAACAUGAUAUGCCAAAAACGUUUGUAGCUGGAACAUGUUAUUGGCCAUUCGUUUCAUUUAUUAACUUUCGUUUUAUACCAUUGAAUUAUCGACCGAUUGUUGGGAGUCUAGCUGGAGCUAUAUGGAAUAUUUAUAUCUCGUCAGCUGCUAAUAAUCCAAAAUUAAAUCCAGAUGGUACUAUAAAAGCGAAAGCAGGAACAGAAACAACCUUAUUGGCUGAAACAAGUGGAACGGCAGUGCCAGCAUUACAAGAAGCAUGGAAGACAUUAGACAAUAAUAAAAAAGAUCUGUAG